AUGUCGUCGAAAAACGAAAUUACUCAAGGUGGCAGCCACAGAAGAGGAAAUCCACCCGUGGGAGAGACCACGGCUAGGGCAAGGAUUCUGGAGGCCCUAAACAACAUCCCAAUCAUACCUGACAAAGCGGUGCCUCACUUGGCCGCUCUGGAAAGGAACACUACAAGUGCAGAAGAGCUAAAGAGUGCCAAAACGGGUGACCCGUUCAAAAAGAGCAAUAAAAUGCGGCGCUCGCCGCUUUUCGCGCCACAGGCUAGCAGCUCAGCCGGCACCGGCAGCCCAGCAGCGGUAGAGAAGGAAACGCCAAAGAGGCCACGGGAGAUGCUUAGCCCGGACAAGGACCAGAGGGCGGCUCCCCCAAAAAAAAAUAAGGCUGGCAGCCCGCCGGCAAAAAGCGAAGAAUGCCUGACGGAGCUGGGCACGAUAGUGAACGAGCUGCUAUCGUGGGUCACGGAAAAAAAUAAGAGGCAUAUUUCCGCAGUGCAAAGGAGCCUGAUAACCAGAUUGAAGGACAUCCACUCCAUUCUGGUCGGAAGUGUUCCGGAGGAGCAUGCGCGACCGGCCAUCAUGUCCAAGCCAGUGUGCCCCAGAUGCGAGAGAGUCGGCAUCGAUACCGCGGAGAAGGAGCAGCAGACCCUUCCGACGGAGGUCUGGACCCAGGACCAGGCUAUGCAGACCGGCAGCAUCCCGAACAGCACGGGCCGCAGGAGUGCACACCGGGACUCGGGGGCCAAAGUAGCAACGGCCAACACGGCGGCAAGGCCCAAGCCAGCUGUUGCAAACCCGGCUGCCGACAAAGGAAGCGACGGCGAAGCAAGCAGGAGAACGUCUGAAUGGACGAAGGCCAAGCCUAGAAAUCCCGAGAGGAGACGAGCCAGACUCGACGCCAUAGUGAUCCAAGCAGCAGGCAUGACGUACAGUCAGAUCCUAAGCAUGGUAACUCGCAGGGAGGACGGGAAGCUAGACGACCUUGGCCCUUGCGUCAAGAAAGUGAAGAAGACAGCCAAGGGCGGGCUGCUACUGGAAUUGGCCAGGAAGAAGGAGAACUCCACACAGGCCCUCAAAGGCUGCAUCGAGGAGGUCCUAGGGAGCAAGGCGGAGGUGCGGGCGUACUCGGAGGAGACCAAGGAGACACUCGUCGAGCUACGAGGACUCGACGCACUAGCUACUUCAGAGGACAUCAUCGGGGCUAUUGCGCAGCAGGCAGCGGUGGGCCAAGGCGCCUUGAAAGUAAAGAAGCUGAGAAGCAGUUAUGGCGAGACGCAGACCGCUAUCGUGGCUUUCCCCGCGAGCCUUGCCAAGGCCAUCAUUGCUGUGGGCAAGGUGAAGGUUGGGUGGUCAUUAUGCCAUAUGAGGGAAAAGGAGGCCAUGGCUCGCUGCUACAGGUGUCUUGGGAUGGGGCACAUCGCAAGCGCUUGCAAGAGCUCGAAGGACAGAAGCGGCUGUUGCUUCCGCUGCGGAGACUCGGACCACAGGGCGGCCACCUGCAAAAAGGACCCUCGAUGCUUCUCGUGCGAAGAUAAGGGCCGGAAGGAUCUGAACCUGAACCACUGUAGGGCGGCCCAAGAUGUGCUGUCGCAGACUGCGAGGGAGACGAAGGCGGACAUAGCGCUCCUAAGCGAGCCCCAUAGGACUGGCUCAGACAACCGCUGGGCAGUUGACCUAUCGGGAAAGGCUGCCAUCUGGAGCUGCGGCGCAACCGGCGCGACAAUGCACUCAGUGCACAGUGCGGAGGGAUUUGUAAGGGCUCGGAUAGGUGGGGCAUGGCUGUACAGCUGCUAUAUGGCACCUAGCCUAACCACCAACGAGUUUGAGCGCAUGAUGGACUGCCUAGGAAAUGACAUCAGAGGCCGUUCUGACGUCCUUGUAGCAGGGGACUUCAACGCAUGGGCGCAGGACUGGGGCUGCCCGAGGACGAAUGCGAGAGGGAGAGUGGUCAGAGAAACCUUCGCCUCACUCGAUCUCGUAUUGCUGAACGAAGGGAACCAGCUCACCUUCAGCAGAGCCGGAGCAGGAUCCAUCAUUGACCUGACGUUCGCGAGCCCCUCGCUAGCGACGGGCGCUAACUGGAGGAUAAGCGGCAGCUUUACGGCCAGCGACCACGAAGCAAUAUUGUGCUCAAUUGGUAGCCCUCAAGAACGACCGAGGGAACCGAACAGAGGGAACCAAGGCUACAGAGUCGGUACGCUCCAGGCGAGGAACUUCACCGAGGCAGCACGUGACAUCGGCAACGUCCCACCAAGCGGAGCCAACGAAAUGGCUGACACCCUUGCAGCUAAGCCGCUACCGCAGAAACCACGCUCCUGUUUACUGGUGGAGCGAGGAGAUUGGCUCCAUCCGAGCUGA